AUGCCUGCCCCACCACCACCACCCCCCAUGAUGGGGCAAGGGCGAGGCUUGCCAGCCAACCGGGGCAGAGGGAAAGCUCCCACCCUCAAUUUGGGGGGAAGUGGGGGAGAUAAAGGAGCCCUAUUGGCUGACAUCAGAUCUGGGACCAGACUCAAAAAAGCUGUCACAAAUGACAGAUCACAGCCAAUUGUUUCAGGCAAAGUUACAAGCAACGGACAGGCUGGUCCUGUUUCUCAGUCAAGAACCAACAAAUCUGAGUUCAAUUCAAGACCCACCAUCAAUAACAACAACAACAGUAGCAGUUAUAACAGUGGUAAUGGAGACUCUAUAUCCAAUGGUGGAGCCCCUCAAUUAGCUGGGCUCUUUGCUGGUGGUAUGCCCAAGCUGCGGCAGACUGGCAGUCCGAAUGCCUCCUCGCUGCACUCGUCUGGUAAUAACAAGGGCAGCAACAACAGUGGUGGGUUUAGAGAUAACCGCUUCGGAGCUGCACCUCCCCCUCCUGCGUCACCCCCUGCUGAUACAAACAAGGGUGCGGUGCCCCCCAGUCCCAAGCGUCACCUACUGCAGCCUAGCAUAAAAAACACGCCAGCCCCCCCGCCCCCUGCGGGCCCCAAGCCUUCAUGUCAUCAGCCCCCGCUAUCAUCACGCUCAUUUUCCAAGUCUUCCUCUAACUUACACAGCGCCAAUAUCUCCUCCCUGCAUCCCCAACCUCCCCUGCCCUCAUCCUCAUCCCUAAGCACUUCAUCCUCCUUCCUCCACGAUGUUGCCGCCCGCACCAGACCUGCGGCGCUUGAGUCCUAUAAGCCCGCUCCUCCUCCACCCCAGGGCCUUGUCCAUGACAAGCCCAAUAAUUUUGGGGUCUUCGGUGCCAGGACCAGCGUUCCCUCCAAGGAGCAGCCAGCAGACCCCCCGCCCCCCUCCUCCAACGCCCCCCGCGCCUGCAAGACCGUGGGGCGCCAGCAAGGCAAGGCGAUGCUAAACAAAGCGGCGAUGCAGUCACGGCCUACGGUGCCUGCCCCCCCUCCCCCGGGGGGAUUCCCCCCUCCUCCUCCCAGCAACUGCCACCCCCCACCGCCGCCUAGUCAACCGCCGCCGCCACCGCCGCCCUCUGCCGCCAAGCCUGAGUCAUUCAACGCCCACGACUACCACAACAAAUUCAACCUCCCGCCCCCGCCUCCUGUUAGAGAUUCUUCCAUGUCAACUUCUGCGCGGCAUUCAGGAGAUUUUGAGAGCAAGUUCUCUAACUGCUUCAGGCUGAGCAACAAAUUCCCUCCUCCGCAACCUUACGAUGCAAACCUCAAGAAAGUUUAUCCUAGCAAAAACGCAAAACCUGCCAGUCAACGACGAGCUCCUCCCCCUCCCCCUGGUGGGCCUCCUCCCCCACAACCUCUACAAUACUCCCACUCACCUCUCCCCCAGCCUCCCCAUGCGCCCCUCCACGUUCAAGUGGGAGGAAAGAUUUUCGGCACUGAAGCUUCCCACUGCUAGACAUCACAACGCCACCCUUCAUCUGCCACAGCCACCAGGACCUCCACCAACAUCACUACCACGAACGGUAAAGCCACCAGCACCUAUCGGGAAAUGGUUUCCGGCGCUUCAGAGCCUCACGCUACCUCUAGACGUCAUGAGGGCAAUUUAGGUAUAAUAUACUGUAAUAUGGCCGACCUCGGUUCAAGGCAACUCGAAGACAAGUCUCGUGCUACUCCUGAUGGUGGCAUGCCACUCGGGUACUUGGUUCCUACUCUUCGCAUAUGUGACGCCGUUAAUGAUGAUGCAGCAGACGUGCGUACGCCCCUCAGACGUCAGUCACAUCCUGUCAUCCCGCAUGCCAACGUACUUAAGGAUAUUAAUGCUCUGAGCAUGGCUGUUUUAGUGCACUCAGCGAGCGAGAAGAAUCUUGCGACCAUUUCACCUCGACCUCGUCGAAGGCCUCCUCCUCUCAAACCCAAACCUGUCAUUACUUUUCCUUUCAUGUCACACCCGAAUCAGGGUCUUCCUCACAACAUUCUUCCUGUGCAAGUCGGCAGACCUGAAAGAGAGGUUCUGAGUCCACCUAAUCUCUAUAUUAACGGAGUUUCGCGUGAAGGAAAUCUGUUAGUCCGCGAUGUUGACGUGCGUGUGAGACUGAGGAGGCAGAACCGGUCUCUGUCGAGCCCUGAUAUCGGACGCGUGCUAAGCCGUUCCGACACUCGAUGUUAUUCACCACGGAAAUCCAGUGAUGAUUUCUAUGUGCUUCCUGGUCGCUCUGAAACUUUGAAGGCAAAUUCAUCCAGAACAUCGCUACUGAACACGAGACGUCGAGGUUCCCCUGGCUCUAGCGCAGUCACCGUCUCAAGACACACGAGUCAUCUACGACACCAGAUAGACAGCGGCGUCACAACCUGGCGCCGAUUUGUAAACAACUGGAGAAAUUGAACUAAAAUUCUACCAGCUACAAAUAAAAGAUACUUGAAGCGUCCCUUUAUGUCAAUAUUUAGGUUAUAACCUUUCUUCAUCAUUUAUGUUUACAUCUCUAGAUUGGAGAACAAUUUUAAAAGUAUUUUCUGAUUUUAAGCGGUUUUCACGAACCAUUUUGAUUUUCAUUGUGUUGUGGUCUGCUUAUCGCGAAAAUUGGCAUUCAAAUUUUCUUCCUACCAAGCAAUGCAUAUUUUUCAUUUCUCAAAACACAAUACAAAACAAUGACUGUCCAUUUUAAAGUUGGAGUUUUCCUAAAGUUGGAGGUCAAGAUAUUACCCCGACUACAGUUAGUUGAAUUUAUUGCUAUCGUUAUUACGGAAGAACAAUGUUUGGUACCACUUAAUUAUUGCUCGAGUAUUGCGGUCACUUGGUCAUCUUACACAUUGAAUUGAAUAAUGUCAAGAAAUUGAAUUGAGUAACAGAGAAUGCCAGCAGCGAAGUAAAGGUAAAGCUCUUGUUUCUCCCACAAAUGAUGCAGUCUGGCCUAGCCGGAGAUGCUGAGGCUACUUCUUCUACUUUAGUCUCAAGUGUUAUUGGUGGUGCAAUAGUGACAUGAAAGCUGCAGUGAUGUGGUGUAGGUGGUGUUGGUGGUGGCAGGAGGAUGUUAGGCUAACUGGUGUCCAGCAGUGAUUGAGAUUUGCCUUAUGAAUACAUUUCUUCGUUGCUUGUCUCCUGUAUGUGGGCUUUUAAUUCUCAGUGAUUCUUUUAACGACAUUGUAUUCCUUGCAUCGUAAAACGGGGAAUUUAUGAUGAAAUUUUUCGUUUUAUUAUUUAUUUUGCUUAUAUCUAAUUGUGAUUUUGCGCUUUUUUGCUCUUGUUUUCCUUCUUGAGAACUUAAACCUAACAAAUUUUAAUCUUCUUUGUACCAUUGAAAUUUGUGAAACCUGUUCAUUACAUGUUUAAUUAAGAAGAACGAGAGUCAAAUGUUAAAUUGGAAAAUUGGGAAUUUUAGGUCAUCACCAUGAUUUAUGAAAGUAACUAGAGCAUUUCACUGUCGCGUGUCUUUUGUUGCGGCAGAAAACUUGCCCGGUAUUGAAUUACCGAUCAUGGUUGCCAGAACACGUGCAAUGCUGGGGGUAAUGGAUACGCAAAUAUCCUCUUCAAGUGGAUCAUCAAUCCUGCACCUGACAUGUUGGGUAUUUACGUAUCUCUUGUUUAAUGCGUAGCUAUUGGGCUAGACCAAUUCCGUUAAAAUGUUGCCCGUUGUUCUUAUUUGUCUUUAGUGCAUAAUUCUUGUGGGUUUUAUAUAAAGAUACAUUUGAUGAGUAAAAUCACUGCACUUGGCAGGAAUUACGCAAUAUCAGGGUAGAAAAGAAGUUGGCAGAUAUUUCGGUAAUAAAAAUUCCUUUUUCGAUAUUGAUUUUAAACUCCAAUGCAAUAAUUACAAAAUAUUCUUGUGUCAGUUUCUCAGUUUUAGUCUUUGUUUCAAGUAAUAAUCUAUACACGAAUGAGGCUUAAUCCCUGUAUUGCUGACUGUAUGGGGAGUAUGAGAUACAUUGACGCGCAGUCUUGUGGGGGUCCAAGAUACGUUUUCUUCAGCCUUGGUCUGUUGAUUACGAGUGCAUCAGUUUUUAAUUACCUUCUUGUUUGUGAUUCAUGCAACGUCUUUGAUGACAGAAGGAAAUGUACUUGUUAGAGAUUUGAUUUCAUGAAGCAGAGUUCAUUGAAUUAUUCCAAUCCGCAUCACGUAUCAGCUGGACUAUUAAAUAAGAUGAAAACUCUUCAUCGUAAGCGUAACUCCGGUGCUCUCAUUCUUGGUUAUUCCUCAUCAUGAUGUGCUUUACGUUCCUAAACUUGAUUCACACGAACUGAAACUUGUGUUGUUACAGAGAAAAGUUAGAGUAAACGCCUAUCAGACAAUUAUGAGUGUAUGAUAAAGAUAUCGUGAAUGGAAGUGAAUGCCGACACAGUUAAUAGAUAAGUUUAACACAGAACUCUAGUUCACUGCACCACAACUACAACACCGGCGCUGUGUUACACCGUGCUAUCUAAUUUAUAAGCGUGCUUUCUAACAAAUUCCCUUUAUUCAUAUAUAUUGAGUCAACGAAUGAUCGAGGCCAUAUAUAUACCUCCUAAGUUCCAUCACCUUCCGAUGGUAGUUGAUUUAUUACUUAUAUUUGUCGUUAGUAGUCGAAGUCACUUGAUUUGUUUACGCUCAACAGCUGCCCGAGACCACGGAUCUUUAAACGCUCACGAGUGCUCCUCAUGCCUUUGUUUACCUCUCGUCAACACUGAUAUGCUAGGGGACUAGGCUGCCUCAUGCGGUCCCAGUCCACUGCUGUGUCAGCACGAGAAAGCAAGGUAUCACUUGGCACUACGUAUACCAUUAUUUACUAUGACGAGUUAUAUGUUACUUGCCCACUCGCUUAUUUCACUUGCGACGAUCGUCUUCAGCACUCGCCAAAUGAGUUACCUUAAGAGCCUUGUUCAGUCGAUUAAAUUCAUGAUUCAUUGGCAGUUAAUUCGGAAGUUGGGCCUAUGCCAGGAAGAUUUGGAUGCAUUAUUCACAUGUAAAAAUUUCUCUGACUAAGAACUUUGUGAAUGUGAGGGUUGAACAUCAACGUGAAGCUACCGUACUGGUACUCGUUCUAGCUGCAGUUUUACCGAAGUUAUUUUAAGUCCUAUCGUUCAUGAAUUCGUUUCCGCGUGAUGGCAUCAGCGCUCUUAAACUUUCUCGAACGAACGAAACUGUAUUGUUGAACCAAGUCAUAGCUGCGUAUAUAAAUACCUCCGUUAGUCUUUUUUUCGUUGCUGAUUCUACGUUCGGCGCUUAGAAGAUAAGCAUUUUGUAGCUUCUUCUAACACACUGUGGAUUAUUAUAAUUAUUAUGUUUGGGUAAUUUUUGUAUCUAGAAAUAUCAGUGGAGGAUAAUAAUUCCACCAUCGUUUCACACUGCUGGUCACGUAGCUUGGACCAUCCCUCUUUUAAUAGGUACGUCUGUUUGCUCCGCAUACCAACUUAAAACUAGAAGGUUAUGUCAUUCGAAAAUUUUUUGAAAGCCGUUUGAAUUUAUAUUUAUGUGGAAUUUUUUGCGAUUCUACCGUCUGUAUUCUGAAAUAAAUUUAAAAUCGGAGAAAAUCUUUUAAACAUAGUUCAGUGUCUCACAGUAAUGUGGGUAUUGAAAUAAUGCUGGAAUAAGGUACUAAGAAAGGCUACAGGAUUUCUAGGGUUGUUUGUCUAUGUAACUGUGGUAAAAGGUAUGAUUGCCGAGCUUACAAGAAAUUUGGUGUACUUAAUUGCGUAACUAGAUUACAUUAAUAAUGAAGCGUUGGUCAAAUGCCGUUUGUGUUAAGAGUUGUUUUAGUAGAGCGGGAACCUUGAUUGCCUGAAGAUUAGUUUGACAUAUUUAUAAUUGCUAUCAGUCAUUGGUUUAUUAAUGCAAGCAGUUAAAUAGACGCAACUUUCUAAUUAAGAAAAUAAUAGUUCAUUUUAUCCUGCAAUUUUUGUUCUGUACAUUGUAAUUUUAAAGUCUGGAAUGUGAUGAGCUUGUUUGAGCGCAUAAGGAGAAAAGUACAGAUCUAGAAAUGCCUUAACUAACUUGUCCAGUAAAUCGACAAGGAAACACAAAAUUUAUUGUCUAUUAAAGUAAAAUAACUUGUCUCACUGAAUUUACUCCAUAUUAAUAGGAAAUUACGCAUUCAGGUUAUUGCUUGUAAAACGAAUUGAUUGUGUUGAAGAGAUAAUUUAAACUAUCGUACCUAUCGCUUCAGCUUACAGAAUUGGAAUAUUGUACUUGUAUUGAAACUUUAGUAAUGGCUUGCAAUAAUUUCAGGUCUCGGUGAUACUAGUUAACCAUUCAAGCCUCGUAGUCCCAUGCCAAUAAAAUAAUUUUGCUUAUGCUAAUUUUGUGUGUUUCUACUCGUGCUCUCUCCAAUUAUAUUGGAUUUCCAUUUAAAUUUCUCAGUAGACUUCGUGACUUGUAACAGGCCCUAAGGAGUCCGUUUCUUCGUGAAUUACUCCAUUGUGAUGGGGGUAACCAGUGAUAGUUAUGGGCCGCUUUAGCAGCAGGCUGGAGAGUGAACAACUAUUACUUGCAAUCGGAGUUUCAGCUCAGUUCAGAAGACUGAACUUUCCUUAAUUGGUGAAGAAAAUUUAAGUUUUGUAUUAACUUUUGCGCCAGUUAUUGAUGUACUUCAGAGUAUCGCUAACUAGUAAGUUAGCUUCGAAUUGCUUCAGUUAAUUCUAGUAUUUUGUCUUCAGCAUGUCGGGUUUCUUUUAAAAUUUAUUCUUUAGGUUAUUUUUUAUUUGUUCCAAUUAUUUUGUGCGGAUCUAGUUUGAUUCCCCACAUUUAUAAUGAAGAACUUGUGAACUGCGUUAGCAAUAUAUUUAUGCCUAUUGUUAAUAUACGACCUGCAUUAUAUAACUGCUGUAUCUAUAUGCUGUAAAGAGAACUAUUUUUUAAACACUCCCGUCGUGAUACGAAGUGGAGGUCAGUGUAUAAAAUAGAUAAAACAUUAUUAGGUACAGCACUAGCUUUCAGCUAGCAAUUCUGAAAUAUUUACUUCUGUUCUGUAUUAACUCGUAUUUUGUGCUAUGUAUUUCCCUGAAUUUUGGAGGAACGUAUGCAUGUUUUUCUGCCUUGAAAGUAUCAAGUAAAUAUUGGUUUUUGUGUUGGAAAUUUAAUGUGAGCUUUGUUUCAGAUACUAUUAUUCCUCAUGAAAGCUGAUGAAAUGAAAUUAGUCUCAAUUUUGAUUAGAACUUUAAGCUUGGCAAAUUUUUCAAUUCCCUCAAAAUGUUCGUUAAUAAUUUCGGACUCGCGAUCCUUGCUUUCCUGUCCUGCGCGUAGCACGCAACGGGGUUUACGCUCACUUCAAAUUACUAUGCAAUGCAUUUACGCAUGGUGAGCUGGUCUUCAAUAUUGCUUCAGUUUUUAGACGCCCUAACGAUUUUUUUGCGAUAUAUACUAAGUCGUGUGAAGUUCUUGUAAAGAACUCUUUUGUAGUUAAUGUUAAAUAUUCUAUUUUUGUGUGCUUGUCGAUCAAUAUGAAGCGUGUCAGAUUAUUGUAAGUAAAACUGUACCUCUUUUGUUUACUUGAUACCGCGUCAUUUGUCCUAUACCUGACGCGGAUGGCUUAGCCCAUCAUUCUUCGUUGGGAGUAUAUAAUAACUCGCUGUAGCGACUUGAUUUUCGUAGCUGUUUGGAAAAUCUUUUGUGAGAUAAUGCUGUUAAUCUUCCCUAAAGAGUAUAAUCUUCCUAACCUGUU